UAUGGCAGAUAUUAGUCCUCACAUUCAGCCUAAAAGCGAAAUUAAGCAUUUGAAAGAUUUUGAUCCUCCAAAAAUAGCUGAAGAGCUUCUAAAAAUAAAACGAGAAUCAAAAGAACGAUUGCAUUAUUCAGAAACGUUAAAUUCCCUACUCUCCCUCUACGAUGUCGACUUCGUUAAGAAACUACAAUCAGCUCAUUGUCAAAGCUCCUAUGAUUCAAUAUUUUUAGAUGGACCAGAAAUAGAUGCUUUUAUCGUUUUGUUGAACAAUAGCUCAACCGGAACAAUGUUCAAAAGAUUAAAAUGUGCUUCUCUGUUAGAAAAAUUUACAGAACAAAAAAAGAUUACUAAUUUACUAGAAAGUAUUGUCAACAGUCCAAACGAUAUUCAAGAUUGUGUAAUAAAUCUUAUAGGAUCGUUUACAUCCCGAAUGGCAAAUCUUCAAAAGAGAGAAUUAUCCGAUCUUUUUGUUCCUUCAAAUCUUGUUCCUAAAGUAUGUUCAUCUAUAUUAAUAGUUAUAAAACAGGGUGUUGAAAGUAUUAAAAAUAGUAAAGAUUUUCAAAUUCGAGCAGUUACAAGAUUAUUAGGUAAACUGUGUGUUAUAGGAUACGGAGACUAUGUUUGGAAGACUAUUUUACCUACUUUUGUUUCAAAGGCUGAUGAUGGCAUCUGGAAUCGAAUAAAUUAUAAAUUAUUAUCAACUUUACAGUUUUCCCAACAGGAAAGCUUUAUUGUCUCUCUUCUAAAGAAUGUAAGAAAUGAGCGCCUUUUCUCAAGUUUUCUAGUUAAUAGUGCUCUGGAAAAUACCUCAUUAAAGAAUUUGCUAACAGUAAAAUUACUACUACAUCGAAGUGACCUUUCGCUCACUUCGCUGAAUGUGCUAAUCUCUCACUUUACAACAUCACCUGCCAGGCUCACUCUAUUUAAAGAUGCUGUUAAUAACUUACUCCGAAUAUGGUCAGAUGCUAGCGCUUUACGUCAUUCAACGAUUCAUCAAAGAUUCUAUAUAACCAGAGCCCUAGUCAUUUGCGCCAUAAAUUGUCCUCAACAAGAGUAUUUUGACAGCAAAGCAUUAUUACAAGGCGUAGAAAUUCAUCUCGCUAUCGAAGAUAAUGACCUUAGAACUAUGGGAAUGUGUUGUGGAGAAAUUCUAACGAGUAAACUUAAAGUUUCCACUGAUAAACUGGAAUUUGAAUAUUCAGAUAAUGAAUAUACAUUAGAGCUAAAGAAUCUUGAGGAGAAGUUAGCUAAGAAUGAAGAAGAUAUUGCAGAGAUAAUAAAAAAUCUUAAAGUUGAAGAAGAAGUUGAAACUGAAGCAAAUAUAAACUCUGAAGAUUUGGAUAGUGAUGAUGAUUUGCCAGCAUAUGAUCAAUCUAAUGACCUUCCGAAACGAUCUAACAAAGUACCCCACUACCUACGCGAUUGCUUAGAUGGUUUGAUACAGACACAAGAUGUCGAACUUACAAACACGUGCCUAGAAUAUGCUGUCAAAUUGAUUCAGAAAAAUAAGUCAACUGUUGACGAAAUGGGAGAUGAAAUGGCUAAAGUUUUACUUCAUAUUAGUCCUACCACAGAAGAAGGUGAAAUUCAUGUAUUUCAGGCUCUUGUUGCUUUAAUAGUGGUAUCACCUGCUAAAGUGACAAAAUAUAUGACAAGUCAAGUUUACGAAUAUAAUUAUACUAUAGAGAAACGCUUGCUGAUGUUGCACGCUCUCUCAGCAGCAGCCAAGUCAUUGGCCUUCCCUGAACCAGCAAAAGCUAUAGAGGACACCUCCAAAUCCAAAAAAAACACUUUGCAAUCGAAUGUUACAGAUUGUAGAGCACUUGUUGCGAAUAGAUUAGAGGCGAAAACUCGUCGUUGGGGAUCGAAAGCAAAACAAUGUGACGUGAGAGAAAACAAAUUAUCUUCGAGUGUAUCUCUAUUUUUUUAUCCUCUUUUAACCGGGCUUGAUGUUAGAAGAUCUUAUCUUGACUUAUUAGGAAAAGAUCAUAUCGUUUUAACCAGAGUCAUCUAUACCAUAUCGAGUAUUGUCAAUGUUGCAAGGAAUGUUGUAACGUCGGAUAAAAUGUGUAUUGACUUGCUGGAAGUGAUAUGGUUGUUAAGGUGGCACGAAGAACCAAGUGUCAAACAAGCUCUUUUAUACGGCUUAUGCGUUAUUGCAUCAGCUUUGAAUCCUAAUAAUUUACUGACAAUUGUAAAUGCUACAGACGUAAUGGAGUGGUUGAAAAAAGUUAUGAAUGAAGAUUCGGAUAAGGAAUGUCGGGAGAGAGCUUCAACAUCAUUCUGCUUAUUUGCCAAAUCCUUCAAAGAGAAUGCUUCUACAUGA